AAGCCGCCCCACCCACCAGCCACGCCGACGUCAUCUUGUCUGACGCGCUUUGCUGUGAGCGCUAGGCGGUACCGUCCACCCGCGGGAAACCGAGUUAUUGCAUGCCUACUGGGACCCUUAACUGGGAAUGUAUCACGGAUAAAACUGAACAAUCUUUGCCCUUGUAAAGCUUACAUCCUAGUGAAAGAUUGACAAAAAAUAAUAUAAAGCGUUAGAAGGGGAUGAGCGCUAAGGAAUAAAGUAUGUUAAGUGACAAGAAAGUUGGAUUCUGGACCUUCUAUGCUCACUCAGUCGUGUCCGAUUCCUUGCGACCCCUUGGACCACAGCCUGCGAGGCUGCUCUCGUCCAUGGGAUUUUACAGCAAGUUUGUCAAAGAUGAAAGUGACCUUAUCAGCUCUGGAUAUUCAUGAGAGUUCUUUCACGCCUUUGGUCAUCAUAGAACUUGCUCAGGAUGUCAAGGAAGAAACCAAAGAAUGGCUGAAAAACAGAAUCAUCACUAAAAAGAAAGAUGGAGGUGCUCAGCUGUUGUUUAGACCAUUGUUAAAUAAAUAUGAGAAAGAAACACUGGAAAAUCAGAACUUGUAUCUUGUCGGUGCCUCCAAGAUUCGAUUGUUGCUGGGGGCAGAAGCAGUGGGAUUGGUAAAAGAGUGCAAUGAUAACACCAUGAGAGCCUUUACGUAUGGAACCCGACACAACUUCAAAGAUUUUGAUGAUGAUAAUGAUGAUUUCCUCAGCAUGGCAGAACGUCAAUUCAUUAUCAAACAUGAACUUGAAAAUCUUCGAGCCAGAGAUGAAAAAAUGAUCCCUGGUUACCCCCAGGCAAAAUUGUACCCAGGAAAAUCACUAUACAGAAUUCGUGGCUACUUUGGAGAAACCAUCGCUCUUUAUUUUGGCUUUCUGGAGUAUUUCACGUUUGCCUUAAUCCCCAUGGCCAUCAUUGGGUUACCUUACUACUUGUUUGCAUGGGAAGACUAUGACAAAUAUGUGAUCUUCGCCUCGUUCAACCUGAUCUGGUCCACGGUGAUCUUGGAAGUGUGGAAGCGAGGCUGUGCCAGCAUGACCUACCGGUGGGGUACCCUGGUCAUGAAGAGGAAGUUCGAGGAGCCCCGGCCGGGGUAUCACGGAGUCCUGGGCAUCAAUGCAGUCACUGGCCGGGAGGAGCCGCUCUACCCCAGCUACAAGAGACAGCUGCGCAUUUACCUGGUCUCCCUGCCCUUCGUGUGCCUCUGUCUGUAUUUCUCUCUGUUUGUCAUGAUGAUUUACUUCGACAUGGAGGCCUGGGCCUUGGGUCUGCACGAGGACAGCGGGUCCGAGUGGACCAGCAUCUUGUUGUAUGUGCCCAGCAUCAUCUAUGCCAUCGUGAUCGAGGUCAUGAACCGCCUCUAUCGAUACGCCGCUGAGUUUUUAACCUCAUGGGAGAAUCACAGAUUGGAAUCUGCCUACCAGAAUCACCUAAUUCUGAAAGUGUUAGUGUUCAACUUUCUGAAUUGCUUUGCCUCACUUUUCUACAUUGCCUUUGUCCUGAGGGAUAUGAAGCUUUUGCGUCAGAGCUUGGCUACUCUCCUGAUCACCUCCCAGAUCCUUAACCAAAUUGUGGAAUCUCUUCUUCCUUAUUGGCUCCAAAAGAAGCACCAUGUGCGGGUGAAGAAGAAGGUGGAAGCUCUAAAGGCAGACAUCGAUGCUACAUUAUAUGAACAGGUCGUUCUGGAAAAGGAAAUGGGAACUUACUUGGGCACCUUUGAUGAUUACUUGGAGUUAUUCCUGCAGUUUGGUUAUGUGAGCCUUUUCUCCUGUGUUUACCCACUGGCAGCUGCCUUCGCUGUGCUAAAUAAUCUCACUGAAGUUAAUUCAGAUGCCUUAAAAAUGUGCAGAGUCUUCAAACGUCCAUUCUCAGAACCCUCAGCCAGUAUUGGUGUAUGGCAGUUGGCUUUUGAAACAAUGAGUGUUAUAUCUGUGGUCACCAACUGUGCUCUGAUUGGAAUGUCACCACAAGUGAAUGCACUCUUCCCAGAGUCAAAGACAGACCUCAUUUUGAUCGUAGUGGCCGUGGAGCACACGCUCCUGGCUUUGAAGUUCAUCCUUGCAUUUGCCAUACCUGAUAAGCCACGGCAUAUCCAGAUGAAACUGGCCAGAUUGGAAUUUGAAUCUUUGGAGGCACUCAAGCAGCAGAAAGAUUGAUCAAGCAUCAGCCAUUUCUGGCCCCACCUUGACCCAGGCUCUUCAGAAGGGGCGUUGGUGCCAGCAGCAGCACUCAUCAACAGGCAUGCAGCUGGCCAUUCCUAACCCUAGGGGUGGAGGCAAUAAAAUCAGAGUCAACACAGUGAUUAUGGCCUUGGUUUUAGUCAUCACGUUGACUUUUAGAUAUUACGAUGACAUGCAUGGAGGAUAUAGAUGUUGUGUUGAUCAAAGGACCACACCCCAUGUAGAUGGGAGAAAACCCAGCACUGCCAGGGACGCUGCUGUGGGGGAUGGGUGCUCUGGCGCCUAGUCUCCUGAAGUCAUGCCGAAGUCAUGCCUGUGAUGGGGGAAGAGCUUCUGCAGCCGGGGAUCAGGGCCAGAAAGGGGCGCGGCCGCCGUGGGCACAGAGGCAGCCACUGCUCUCUCCUGGUGGCAGCCAGCUGUGUUUUCUUAGAUGAAGCGCUGUUCUCCCUUGAUAUUUAAGAAAAAUGUUUAAAUUUUUUAAAAUUCUUGGUUGAAGCCCUGGUGUGGGCAGUGGACGGUCUCCUCUGUGUCAUUUAGUGGACUGUUUGUGUCAGCCUUUUGUUUUCUGAACUCUGGUUUUUUCCUUCCUGCCCCAGUGAAGACCCAUCCCCGAGUCAUCUCAUGAGACUCGGGACUCACGGAAGGAGCUGGUGGACGGGGAGGCUUCUGUGGAGCGGCCCCCUGUGGAAGGGUGCUGUAAUCCUUGCGUCCUCGCCCAUCCAUGCCUUGCGCCCCAGCCUGAACCCUGAGCCUGGGGGUGUUACUGCCCAUUAAAGAUGAGGACUGAGAGAUCAUGCCACGGCCUUGGCUGGUUCUAGACUCCUUGGGUCUCGCGUCCCUGGGAACCUGAGUGACCUGUGUACUUCCAGGGGGUUCCUGACCUCGACAGACCGGUACUGCAGGAGAGCCCCCUGUCCACCCUCUGCCCCUAGGCUUGCAGACAGGAAGGGCACCCUCUUCCUCCCAAGCCUGUAUCUAGAUCAAGAGGCGGCUACUUCCUGUGCACAUCUUGUCCAGAAGUGCCUCU